GCAAAUGCCAAGCGGUAGUCCCACUGCCACAGCCAAUAGCAAUGUCGCAGACAAAGCCAAGCAGGAAAUGGUGAAUGGCAGCCAGGUGCCUCUUGUGUCCGUGUCCAUAGUCGAGUGCGAUGCGCUGUUCAAGGCCAUGGACAAGGCCAGAGCCCAGGUGCGUCAUGAUGAGAAAACUAAAAAGAAGCUCAAGCUGUGUGCCAAGAAGCAAACAGCCAAACUGGAACUGCAGUCGGAGGGACACAGCAACAGCAAUUCACCUACUGUGUCCUUGGCCAACGCCAAGAAGCAGCGCCUCAAGAAGAAUACACGUCGCAACACCAUUUGCGAGUAUCCCGCCGAGCUGGAGACUCCAGCGCUUUUGACCAAGCGACGCAACUCGCAGCAUCCGCACAAGACAUCCCAGAGUCCCGAUAACCCGACGCGGGCCAACGAGCCAUAUCCCAAAGCGAAGCUUAAGAAAAUGUUACGCAAACGCUUGUCCAGCAGCCUGAUGCGUCAGAAUUCGGUGGACUCCAGCUCGAGCGCCACGCAGUGUGCCUUCAGGCGCAAAUCGGGCAAGGUCAGCGAUGAAACUGAAUCCACCGAGUCCAACAGUUCCGCCAGUAAAGUGCCCAGCUGUGGCAUACCAACGCCCAUAGCGGAGCUCGAGGCGCCCGAUUCGUUAAAGGACAUUGUCCAGUUCAUAGAAACUGGUGUUAAGCUGCUGGAGGAUGCGCAACAGCAGGAGCAGCAGUUGAUAACAAAUGUGCUGCCCGAUGAUGAUUUUGCGCAGCGAGUGGCCAACAUGGAAACACCCGCAACGACGCCCUCAUCCUCGCCACAGCCCAGCAGCGGCACCAGCUGUAACGAGGAUGCAAUCGCAACUGUUGGCAGCGGCGCUGUACGACGCUCACAUCGCAUCAAACAGAAGCCGCAGCUGCCCAAGGCGAGCGUCGGGCGCGGCGUCAGCAGCAGCAGCAGCAGCCAGACAUCCUCCGCCAUCAGCAUGGAAGAGCAGCUGGCCGAGCUGGCGCACAUCGAUGCCAUCAAUGAGCAGUUCCUGCGCCAGGAGGGCCUCAAUUCGUUUCAGCUGUUGCGUGACAAUUAUUACCGUUGCGCCCGUCAGGUCAGCCAGGAGAACGCUGAAAUGCAAUGCGAUUGCUUUCUCACCGGCGACGAGGAGGCCAUGGGUCAUCUGUGCUGCGGCGCCGGCUGCAUCAAUCGCAUGCUAAUGAUUGAGUGCGGACCGCUGUGCACGAAUGGUGAACGCUGCACAAACAAACGCUUCCAGCUGCACCAGUGCUGGCCCUGCCGCGUCUUCCGCACCGAGAAGAAGGGCUGCGGCAUUACGGCCGAACUGCAGAUACCACCGGGCGAAUUCAUUAUGGAAUAUGUGGGCGAGGUCAUUGACAGCGAGGAGUUUGAGCGCCGCCAGCACAUCUAUUCGCGCGAUCGCAAUCGCCACUAUUACUUCAUGGCGCUGCGGGGUGAGGCGAUCAUCGAUGCGACCGCCAAGGGCAACAUUUCGCGGUACAUCAACCACAGCUGUGAUCCGAAUGCGGAGACACAAAAGUGGACGGUGAACGGCGAGUUGCGCAUUGGUUUCUUUAGCGUCAAGACAAUCAUGCCUGGCGAGGAGAUCACCUUCGACUAUCAGUAUCAGCGAUAUGGUCGGGACGCUCAGCGCUGCUAUUGCGAGGCGAGCAACUGUCGCGGCUGGAUUGGCGGUGAGCCGGACUCGGAUGAGGGUGAACAGCUGGAUGCGGAGAGCGACAGUGAGCCGGAAUACUUGGCCGAGGAGCCGGACGAACUGGAGUCGGGACAGGGCCCGGAAACCGACAAGAAGGCACACAAAACCAAAACAACCAAGAGCAGCAAACUGAAGCCGUGCAAACCAUUAAAGGUGUCGACAGCGGCGCGCAAGAUGCGCAAGGAACAACCAAAAGCCAAGGAUCGCGAAUACAAGGCCGGACGUUGGCUACGGCCAUCUGGCAGCGGCGGCGGCAGCAGCGGCGGUGGUGACAAGUCUGCCGCACGUAAGCUAGAAAAGGUCGAGGAUCCGGAUGUGCUCGAGCAGCUGCUGCUGCUCAAUCGCAGCGGCCUCAAGAAUCAAAUGGACACGCUGCGCUUCUCCCGUUGCAUGGUGCGUGCCAAGCUGCUGCAGACACGCCUCCAGCUGCUGGGCGUGCUGACGCGCGGCGAGCUGCCCUGCCGCCGGCUCUUCCUCGACUACCAUGGCCUCCGGCUGCUGCACGCUUGGAUCAGUGAGAGCGGCAACGACAAUCAGCUGCGUCUGGCUCUGCUCGAUGCUCUCGAAUCGCUACCCAUACCAAACAGGACGAUGCUCAACGACAGUCGUGUCUAUCAGAGCGUCCAGCUCUGGAGCACCAGCAUGCCAGAUGAGCAGCAAAAAGAACAACAACAACAACCAUCCCAGUCGGAGCACGAGCUGGAAGCAGUGCGCCAGCGCAUGGUGGCGCUGCUACAGAAAUGGAAUGCCCUGCCCGAAAUCUUUCGCAUACCGAAACGGGAACGCAUCGAACAAAUGAAGGAGCACGAACGCGAGGCGGAUCGUCAACAGCAGCCGCAUUACACGGCCACCGCACUAGAGGAUAGCAACAGCAACAGCGCCUCCUCGCUGCUGAACAGCGAUCGCUACAGACAGGAUCGCUUCAGGCGCGACACCACCAAUCGCUACGAGAAGCCCAAGCAGCCAGCACGUAUGAGCGGCAACAAUACCAUCUGCAGCCAACUCGCACAGCCCAAGGAGCGCAAUGCGGGCAACGCAGAAGGUGGCGCCGGGAGCAGCGGCAGCGGUGCUGGCAAUGCCAACGCCAGUUGCUUCAAUGGCAUCAGCAAAUGUGAUCCACGACGGCGAUCCGAACCGGCGGCAGCCAGCGACUAUGACACACGCCGCACCAUAUCCAAGAAGCUGCGACGUUCCCUAUUCGAGCGAAAGGUGGCCCAAGACGAGGCGGAGAAGCGCGUUUGCAGCGUGGAUUGGCGGGAGCACGAGCUGCGCUGUGAAUACUUUGGCGCUGAUCUAAAAACCGAUCCCAAGCAGCUGCCCUUCUAUCAGAAUACGGAGACCAACGAGUGGUUCAACAGUGAUGAUGCGCCGGUGAAAACGCCGCAGCGCUGCGGCAAUAGCAACUCCAGCGGCGCUUCCAGUGAGCCGCACUCGCCGGAGAGCAGCGGCGAUGGUUUGGAGUAUAGAUUGCCCGGCUGUGUAGAGCCGUUGCCGCCUUCCUGGCACUGGAGUGUUACGUCCGACGGUGAUAUCUAUUAUUAUAAUCUGCGGGAUCGCAUCUCACAGUGGGAGCCACCAAAUGCGCAGCAGCGCAUGCAACAGUUGAUCGACGAUUCGCCUGGGCCGGAGCGAACAAACGGACAAGCGGAGCACACGACCGACGAGCUGGUGAAGAUUGAUGUCGACUAUGUGGGCAGCCUCAGUAACAAAUCGCUGGCGCAGUACAUCGAGGCGAAGGUGCGCGAGCGACGCGAAUUGCGACGCAAUCGUCUUGUCUCGGUCUGUGUGAUCAGUCCCCGACGCGAGGAGGAUCGCCUCUACAAUCAGCUGGAGGCGCGCAGGUACAAGGAGAACAAGGAGAAAAUACGCCGCCGCAAGGAGCUAUUUCGCUGCAACCAAAACGAGACCGACAACAAGGACAAAUCCAGCGAUAUGCUGCCCAUUCAGGCCUAUUUGUACUCUUCCGAUGAGGAGAUCGACGCGGAUGCCGCCAACAUAGCUGUGCCCGGCAGUGCUGCUCUGCCGUUGCUCGAUGUCAUUGUCGAUGGCGUCAAGGCUACGCAUGUGGACGAGCUGGAGGCACUGAAUCGCAGCCAAAACAACCACAACAACAACAUUGCCAAAAUAAGCACGUCUCACGUGGAGCCAAGCACCAGCAAAUCGGCGCUAGCUGCGCUCGGCAUUCAGCUGCCACCAAUGCCGCUGUCCAUGUUGGGUGAGUUGGCAGGCGAUGCCCUGGUUAAGCCAAAGCGCAAGCUGCCCAUGCCGCCACAACUGACCGAGAGCCAGAAGAAGCAUCGUGGUGAGCGUGAAAAGAAGCGUAAAACGCCACUGAGCAGCACUUCCAGCGGACGUGAGGCCUGUGAAAAGUUUCGCUUUGAGAUAAGCGGCCAUGUGGCCGAGUUCUUGCGUCCGUAUCGCAAAGAUACCUGUCAUCUGGGCCGGAUCACCAACGAUGCUGACUACAAGUUUCUAAUUAAACGGCUGAGCCACCAUAUCACGACCAAAGAGAUGCGCUACUGCGACUUGAUUGGAAAUCCAUUAGCCUGCACCGAGUCGGUGAAGCACAAGUCCUACGAAUUCAUCAAUCAAUACAUGCGCAAGAAGGGGCGCGUGUACAGGAAGCCCGCCGAUGAGCCCGACUGCUAAACAACAGUAUCCGCCGUAUUCGGGCACACCAUGUUGUCCAGCCAAUGAUCAGAGCAGAUGAAUCAGAUAUUUAUCAUAGUUUUGUUUUUAUUUUUGUUUUAUUUUUUUUUUUUUAUUAUUAAUAUUAAUAUUCUAUCCAGUGUUUGGGUAUAAACUCAGUUUUUCAUUCUCAUUUUUAUCAGUUUAU